UGUAGUACUACUCAGCUACUCAUCCGAUUUCCUCAAGACAUAUAUAAAUUCUUCGCUAUUACCCCAUUUGAUUCGCUCUUUGUUUAUGGUAAGAGAUUUAUCUGUGGGGAAAACGAUAUAAAAUACACUUUUAAGGUCAAGGUGGAUGGUAGCAGUGCCGAGUUCCUGCAUGGCUAGUUAGUGUAUAAAGAAACUAGUCGUUUACAGCUCCCCUCCUUCGCCAGGGCACGGGUUGGUUGUAAUUUUUUUUCGCCCGGUCUACGCACGCCGUCACUGCGAAAGGCUGUAAUAUUUUACGGUACACUCGUGGGAUCAAAAUAUGAAUACUGAAAUAAAUAAAAACAAAAAACAACAAAAUUCCGAACAUGGGGACAUUGACUUAAGGUGGGGAAAUAAUAUGGGAGGGGUGGGUAAUUUAAGGUUGGACGAUUGGGACAGGAUUUAUAGUAGGAGGUCAAGGACGCAACUUAAUGAUAUGGAUGGGCUUUUGGGGCUGUCGGGUAACUCCAUUAGAGAAACCAGUGCCACACAGAGGCAGGAGGAUAUGGUUCAGGUCUACCAACCUGCCCAAAGCCGGUUGGUAGAACGACGAUCUCCUCCUGCAGCUGAGGCCGGGUGUGACACGACAACCACUCAAGCCGAUCCAUCAAAAGUAGUUCGGCAAGAGGUUGUGGAAGAGAUGCAAGGGGCCAAUCCACAGCUUCCUAUUCAAGAAAGCCGAACGAAAGAAGAAAAAGCUAAGAGCGGCACGAGGAAGUCACUGGCCUUUAUGAAUAAGAUGGUCAAUAGAGAUCCUAAGACGUUCACGGCAAAAGAGAGGUAUCUUGUCAGGAAGCACCGACAGGAUAUCGCCAAAUUCGAAAGAAUCUACGGUCCCGUAAGCGCCGUCUUGGGAAUAUCCUCUACCGGGGUAAAGCUUGUGAAUGAGGACGCCGCUCUGAAAGUUACACAACAGUGUACAGGGGCAGCGACCACGGUCACAAGCAGUACUAAGCCAGCGCUCGAAGGCAGUGGAAAGUCAGUUGAAGUGCUCACAUCUUCGGAACGAGCUCCCAAGACUGACCCGCCACUACAAAGAACCCACGAAAAGGCGCCUGAAAGUUCAGGUGUAUGGAAGAAGGCGGAUGAUUCUUCGUUCAGCUCAGGUAUGGGCCCCCAAAAGAAGGCCACUAAACGAGCUAGGACUUGGGAUGAUCAGCCUUCAACCUCGAAGAAAAUAAAGAAGUCGACAAGCCAGGAAUGCCUUCAGGCACUUGUCAUAGAUCGGAAUAAUCCUCAUUUAAGGAUUAGUUCUGAUCACUGGCAGUUGGUUGAAGGUAGGCUCCUCGACGAGAUAGCCGUCUUUAGUGGUAGGCCGGAUGAUGUAUUAUUCAUGGGCGCUGCCUGGACUAAAGGAAUCAAAACUGUUAAUUGUGCGAACGAGAACUCAUUUGAGUUCUUAAAAUCUACAGUUAGCAAGUGUGAUAACCUUUGUCCAGGAGCGAAGCUUGAGGUAAUAUAUGCUUCGGACUUACCACCAAGAUCUAUGGUGACUGUGUGGUUUCCGCCACCCAUUAAAACGGUGGAAACCAUACUUUUAAUAUUGGCUAAACAAAAUACAGGACUCCUUACUAACCAAUGGAAGUUAUUAACUUCAAUAGCAUGUAGGGAGAACUCAGGCAGGGAUUUUAAGUUCGACGUGGACCACGAAUCCCUCUUAAUUUUAGAGGAAAAGGGAGGUAUUGUUAACUUCGGACUUGGUACUGUCAAAUUUAGAUUACCUAAAGUUAAUAAGACAAAUAAUGAUGCAGGUGGAGUAAAUAGACCUGCACCACAGUAAGACAGUUUCAGCCGAGUUAAUAAGACUUCGCAAUUCCGCACAACUGGGCGUGGCCCUUAUCCAAGAGCCUUGGAUAAAUGGUAAGAAGUAAAGGAGAUAUAAAUGUCGUUAGCACAGAGGCCAAAGAUAAAACUAUGUUUAUACUGGCCUGGGUAUACGUCAUAUGUAGCUGCAGAUACUCCGGUCAACGAAGUGCUGAGACUGAGUACUGGGUUGCGACACCAAUUCACAUCACAUCCAAUGCGGCGUUCCCACGACAAUCGUAUCUACGCUCCGGUACAACCCGAGUCUGUCUCGGCCGAAUAUAGUCAACUCAUAUGUCAUAUGGAACUGCAGAUCCACCGGGCAGUGCUGAGACUGAGUACUGGGUUGCGACACCAAUUCACAUAACAUCAAAUGCGGCGUUUUCACGACAAUCGUAUCUACGCUCUGGCACGACCCGAGUCUGACAGAUGUAUCAAACCAGGGAAUAACUUUCGACGACCGCAAAGCUGUUGUAAAUACAACUGCCAAUGCGGCAGCAAGAAUAUCAAUAAUAGAGGUGAUUUAGUGUUUGAGUUUAUAACUACUAACAAUCUGCUAAUCUGUAACAUGGGCGAUAAGCCAACGUUUAGGACUAGGGAUAAGGAGUCAGUUAUAGAUAUCACCAAUGACCAUAACCUCCGAACUAAACAGAAUCUCAGCAGAGACCCUUAAGAAACCCGAGACGUACGAAUUGGGGGGGUUUUCAGGUCAACAGUGGGGUCAAAAUUAGUGAAUAUGUAUGUCAAUUGGUGGUUACUCACCUGAGGAAGUAGCAUACUGAACGAUAGCUAUGAAUUAUUCUGCCCAAAGAAAUUUCCGGAUAGACGAAAUCAACCGAGAUGGUGGACCAGGGAACUGAAAGAUUAAAGGUCGACAGUAGGAAUGUUGUUUAACAGAGCUUAGAACACUAGGAGCACAGAGGACUGGGACAAAUGUUAAGGAGUGCUAUCAAGUAUUAUGAAAGAUAUCUAAAAUGAGCGGAACUAACUACAUGAUUUUAUUACGCUUUAUUCUUUCUUGAAGGGAAUCACAAUGGAACCAUGGGUCUCCGCAUAGAAGUGUACUUUCUUAACCAAACUAAACUAUUCGGAAAAAGUUGCUCUGCAUCUUACUGGUUUUGUUUGACGAAUUCACCACAUGUCAACUAAUUAAGGUGUCACUCUAGCUUGGGCUGAUAUCCCCUCAGCAGCUUUGAAAAAUUACCUUACUUAUUGAAAUCAACGACAACGUAAUCGGCGUCUUCCUCCACCGCAGCAAUAAUAUCCUGCUUGUCAACUAUCCGUAGUGCGGCACGUCGAGAUAUAACCUCCGAACAUCAUCUUUCUCAUGUUGACAAAUAGUUCCUUUUGAAACCUCUGUUAGCUAGUUUUUGGCUGAGUGGAAAUGUGCUAACAUUUAUAUCUCCAACUUCUAAUUGAAACAACCUUAAUUUUAAUAUAUUUUUUUUUAAAUAUUUUUAUUUAAUUUGCAAAUUGUUUUUUUUUUUACAUAAUUUCUUAAUUAAAAUUGAUUUCUUGAUACUUUAUUGUUGUAUUUGUAUGCGUAAUGAUGUAUUGGAAUCAAUUGUAAAAAAGUAUAUCGAUUUUUGUUGUUGCGAUCAAACAUGCAAUAUUAAGAAUUAAUAAAAAUUAUAUAUACGAAAUAAAAGAAA